CGUGCGUCGCGUCUGAUAUUGAUCGUCCCUUCGACGUCCCUUUCACCUCGUCGACCGCCAGCUGGCAUGGGCAGCAACUAUGUCUUCUCCCUGCAGCCCACUUUUACUCAGGGAUUGAUAUUUGGCCAACUGUCUAUCCUGGUCCUCUUCGCUCUCAUCCUAAAGUACCUCUUUCUCGAUUCGACAGAAUACCCAUUCGAAACAUCGUCUUAUCAUCCACGGGUCAACAGUGAUAUCGCACUCAGAGGCCACAAAAUAAAGUCUUACAACACAACGGAACAAGCUCAGAACCAACAAGACGAGUCGGCAGAAUGGUUCAACAUUUUGUUGCAACAAGUCGUAGAAGUCUACCGCUCCAAAAUUAAGAACGAUCUUACCGGCGCAGAAGGCGAUGAGGUUGCCAGAAAGCGUGUCGAAGACUACGCGAAUAGAAUACGGCCCGUCGGGUUUUUGGACUAUAUAAAGGUCCACUCUGUUGACCUUGGGACUUCCGCGCCUCACCUUUACAACGGAAGACGAACGUCGACGAGCACCUCGGCAGAAACUGAAUUCGACGUUACCUAUGAGGAUUCUAUAUCAGUAACAUUAUCCACAUCAUAUCUGUUCAACUACCCCAUGACUUCAUUCGCUCGUCUUCCUGUAUUCCUGACGAUAUCCCUAUCAAUUUUCAAAUCAUCCCUAACUAUCACACCUCCUUUGCCCACUUCGCCGGUUCCCGAGUUGCUCAUCUCAUUUUCUCCGAAUUUUACGCUGGAUCUUACUACCACAUCACUGAUGGGUAGCCGGGCAAAAUUGGCCAACGUUCCCAAACUGCAUGAACUCAUACAACAUCAGGUCCGUCGAGUCUUUGCUUCACGUGCGAAAUGGCCCGUUGCUCUGCCGGGCUUGGGGCGUUUAGCAGAACCCAUUGUGAAAGAGAUAAAGAAAGAGAUGGCUGAGGUGAUGAAACCUUGACUUAAUGGUGGUAAGUCAAGUUCAAAAACUAGCUUGAUGGACCUUGUGGAAGGAUGUCCAAUUGUAGAUGCAUUUGUAUCCUAUUGUAACGUUUAAAUAAAUGACAUGUAUCGAACCAGU